AUGGAGGUCGAGGGCGACCACCUGUGCCGUCGCUUUGCCAAGAUCCAUCCAUCAGAGUACCCGAUACUUUCUGCAGAGGUUGUUAAAGAACUUGACCUCGAGGUCCUGGAGGAUGCUUCAGAAUCCGUGCAAGGAAUGACCUGGCUGCAGUCCAAGGAAGACCAGAGUGGGACGUUCUGCGUAGGCUGCUCUGUAUGCGCUGAGAUGUUAGCCAUGGGCGACAAGGACAUCGUGGCGAACUUUGGCAUCCGGCACGUCACCGGGCUGAAGCCGAAGCGACUGAAGCAGCACCAGGAAAGUGCAGCGCACGUGGCUGCUGUGAAGCGGCUGCUGCGGCCAGACGAGAAGGUUGGGCAGCCCUUGGUCAGGGAAAACACAUCACCUGCUGCGGCCGACUUUGAGGCCAUCCUGGCCCAUCUGCGCAAAGGCGGAAGCAUGCGCCAAGGCAUCCCAGGCAUUGCACACUUCGCUAAGGCCAAGUGCAUGAUGUUCCUCCUGGCUGAGAGCACGAAACGCUUGUAUCGGUCGUGGAUCCGAAGCAGCACCACUAUCAACCUUCUCCGAGACGAGCGACAUGCUCGUCUUUUGGUGCGGUUUCGGUGUGCAGACUACCGAGGUGUCCGGGGCAUCGGCGUUCUGGGACAAGCGCGCGUAGUGCAAGGCACGGCUACCAACAUCACCGAGGCAACGAUGGCUGUGUUCAGGGAGUUCUGCACCACGAAUCACGGUGCGCCUGAGCUGAAGGAUGCGGGUCAGGUGCAAUUCGACGCGACCUUGUUUGAGCAUCUCAGGGACACAGUGCAUUCUCUCACGGUCGACGCAGCUGGCAACGAAGUCGCUGCAGGUGAGUGCAUGAGAUCGGCGAAGUCAGAAUGCUCACGAAAGUCCUCCCAGAGCGCAGUGCGCACGACCUUCGGCCACAUGCGGGCCGCCAAGCAUCGAUUCGAGAGCUUGGGUUCUCCUUUGUCGCGCCUUUGUCUGGAUUGGGAAGCCUGCAUAGGGCUGCUGGUGCGACUGCUGCAGGAACGCCCAGCAGAACCUGCGGGCGUUUACGCUUCUGCAACCCUAGAGGCGCUCGAUGAGGAGAUGAUGCUGCAGUGUGCGCUUCUUGCGGACGCCUGCGAUGAGUGCAUUGUGCUCAUACGUUUUUUCGACGCUGCUGAAGUGGACAACGCGAAGAUCGCGCAGGAGGUCCAGCGGUUUUGCAAGCGAAUCACGCAGCUCUUCGAAGAGCAGCUGGUGUGGACAACUGAGGGUUACACGAAGCAGACAUUGAAAUUCCUCGAGGACACGCAUCAUUUCCUCGUCAGGGGCUCUGUGCUGAGGUCCGUCGGAGGGCCCCGUGCUGUUACCCGGCGCAUGAAGACGGUGGUUCUAGAGAGAAUGCUGGCGUGGACAGCUCUCGCCCGCGAGGUGGUCGCGGCCGAGCACCCGCACUUCGAGGUUGUCUCCAGCUUUUCGUGUUUUGACCUCCGGGAGUUAGGCACUCUGCUGCAAACCGUUGGGAACGGUUCCUUUCCUGCAGCUUUGACCCAGCCGCUGGAGCGCUUGGCAAGCACAUUCCACGUGGACCCUGUCAUGCUUUGUGCGCAGUUCUGCGACCAUGGCGCGGUCGCAGCCCAGCGCUUCAAGGACACCGGCUGUGGCAAUUUGGAGGCUUGGCAGCAUGCGCUACAGGUCACAUCUUCGACGUCUGCACGGUCGCGGCACCCGGCAUGCCAGCUUGAAGUGGUGCUUGCGGAAUAUGCUGCCAUGACAAGUUCUGACUCGAUCAUAGAGCGCGAUUUCUCUAGGGUGAAGCGCAUCCUCAGCGACCAACAGCUGCACGCUGGCCCAGGGGUGGAGAGCGACACGGUGCUGCUGGCUGUGGCAGACCCCGAGCACGACAGAGAGGUGAUUCAGCAGGCCCGAAUGCUUUGGUCAGAGCUUUAUGCUUCCAGCCGGAAACGUCAGCGACCGAGAUUCGAUCGUGGCGUGGCUCGCCCACUCAAAAAGCUUUGCCGCGCGGAGGAUGUCGAAGAGAAGCCCACAGAGACAGAAUUUCGGAAGCGCCGGCGAGCUGACAAAGAUGCAGAGCAGGCUCCAGAAGACAGCAUUGUGCCAGCUGACCCGGCCAACGCAUGGACAAGCAAGCAUGACAAGGAGGUGGCCUUCAACAAGGAGAAGGGCCUUAGCAGGCUGUUCGAUGCCUUGCGGAGCAACACAGUGCGGGUUUCCGAGCUGCCGGAGAGUCUUCUGGAGAUGGCCAUUGCACACUUCGACAAGAUCGAAAAGAACAUGCAAGCUCGGGAGCGCGCCGAGUCUGCACGCUCCCGGGCUGUUGCACGCAUCUGCCCGUCCGAGGCGUCCUUGGAAGGCUUGUCGGUGUGGGUGCCAGACGAGCUGCGCAGUGUUCUGCUGGAUGAUGCCAUCGAGCGACGUGGCUGGGACGUGACGCAAGAGCUUCACACCGCCAAGGUCUUGAUUCUGCGAGAUCUCGCGAACCUAUGCGACCUGCAUGCUGUAGCAGCUGCGCUGAACGGGGCCUGGGUUGUGACUCCGCACAUGACGAUUAU